GAGAGAGAGAGAGAGAGAGAGAGAGAGAGAGAGAGAGAGAGUGCUCGAAGGACGGACAGUGACAAGAAGAGUGUUACAUCGAGCGUUAGUGUCGCGGAGUGAAACUCGCUUGACGUUUCGAAAAUACGUACACCACGAGGAAACGUUCUCAUGGAUACGAAAAGUUGAAGAUCUCCGUUGAGAUAGAUUCUACGGUGUAAGUGAAAGAGGAGAAAGUAUUUUGAGAUAACUGAAUUCGGUGAUCGAUAGAAAAGUUUGGUAUUGAUCGAAACUCGUCGAAAGAUGAGUGUUGCUCUCGUUACCAUGGAUCCGGCGUACAGUCUCCGAUUGGGGAUUGGUUCUCCUCCUCGUCAUCAUCAUCAUCAUCAUCAUCAUCACCAUCAUCAUCAUCGAGUCAGAUCGCCCGAUCACGUGGGUCAGCCUCGUCAGGAAGAUCACCUGCAUCAUCAUCAUCGUCAUCAUCAUCCUCGUCAAGAGGACACGGAUACUCCAUUGAGAUUCAGCGUCGUUAACAUAUUACGACCGGAUUUCGGAAGAGAAGCGAUUCUCAGUACGAAGGGUACGAAACAAAACGGUUUGCCGGUACCGAGACACCACAGUCCACUUCCGCUUCCACGAGAUCUCAGUUUGGGCUCCUCAGUGAACAGCAAUAACAAUAGGCUAUCGCCGCAAUCACCCAAUUCGGUUGUGAAUCGCGAGAGAGACUCAUUCCCGUCGCAUUGCGGAUUGAGCAGAAGCGGAAGCGUCGAGAGUCUUGCGAGCAAUAGGAGUUCCGUGACAGGUAGCUCUGUCACAGGUAGCACGCCGUCCCUGAGCUCAGCGUCUUCGACUAUAGGAAGCGGCGAAUCGGUGAGCGGCGAAAGCGCGACCAGCAACGCCACCAAUAUAAAUAACCUUCCACAAAAUGGGACCAAUGGUCAAAGUCUUUGGCCCGCUUGGGUUUAUUGUACUAGAUACUCCGACAGGCCCUCUUCCGGACCACGAACGAGACGAGUAAAGCGUUCGCAAAAUAGCGGAAAAAGCGGCACGCCCGAGGAGAAGCGACCUAGAACGGCAUUCAGUGCGGAACAGUUGGCCAGGCUGAAGCGAGAAUUCGCUGAGAAUCGAUACUUGACGGAGAUACGAAGGCAACAGCUCUCGAGGGAUCUUGGACUAAACGAGGCACAGAUCAAGAUCUGGUUCCAAAAUAAGAGGGCGAAGAUCAAGAAGGCGAGCGGACAGAAGAAUCCAUUGGCCCUUCAGCUGAUGGCCCAAGGACUUUACAAUCACUCGACCGUGCCGGUCGACGAGGACGGCGAGGAGAUCGUCACGGCACGAAAUCAUUCGCAGUGAAAUUUAUCCCUGAAAUAUAAUAGGAGUCUGGUGUCUAAAUAAAAUAUAAAAAAUUAAGA